AUGGAGGCUGCAGGGCCUCCCCAGGCCAGGACGUGCUGCCAGGACGCCCUGGAGAAACUCUUCCCUCGCCUCUGCUUCCUCUGUUCCCUGGUGACCUAUGCGCUGGUGGGUGCCCUGCUCUUCUCAGCCAUUGAGGGUGGCCGGGACCUGGGGGCAGGUGACCCGGAGUUUGAGGAUUUCUUGAAGGAGCUCUGCGGCCUUUUAAAAUGCAACAGAACUGCUAUGGAAGACAGGAAACCCGACCUCAGGGAGCUGCUGUCCAGGGUGAAGUCCCAGUGGUUUAGCACGUCUGCAGACUGGUCCUUCCUGAGCUCGCUCUUUUUCUGUUGCACAGUUAUCAGCACAGUGGGUUACAGCCACGUCUACCCGGUCACCAGGCUCGGCAAGUACUUGUGCAUGCUCUACGCUCUCUUCGGCAUCCCCCUGAUGGUCCUGGUGCUCGCGGACACAGGCGACAUCCUGGCAACCGUCUUAUCCAGGUCUUACAGUCGGUUCCGAGAGCUCCCAUUCCUCCGCCCUCCCCUGGCCAAGUGGUGCUCCCGACUGCUGUGCGGGACAGGGCCUGGCGCCGAGCCCCGGGACCAGGCCGUGCCCAGGAUCGUCAUCAAUGCGCAGGAGCCCCCGGGCCCCAAACCUGGCAGCUGUGCCUCUGGCCCGGGCGGCCACGUGGAGCUGCUCGAGAGGCUUCUGGCGGGGGAGAAGCAGGGCGCCCUGGCGUCCCCGAGCCCGUCCUACUCCGUCAUCAGCAACCUGGGCGAGGUGGGCCGCCAGGCGGAGCGGCUGGACUUGCCCCUGCCCGUGGUGGCCCUCAUAGUUUUCGCCUCCAUCUCCUGGGCGGCCGCCAUCCUCCCGGCCUGGGAGCGGCGCCUGGGCUUCGAGGACGCCUUCUACUUCUGCUUCGUCACGCUGACCACCAUCGGCUUGGGGGACAUGGCUUUAGAGCACCCGCAUUUCUUCUUGUUUUUCUCCCUCUACAUCAUCGUGGGGAUGGAGAUCCUCUGCAUCGCCUUCAAGCUCAUGCAAAACAGGCUGAUUCGCAUGUACAAGCAUCUCCUGCUGUUCUUGGCAAAAGGGAAGUUUUAG